GUGGCGCUAGUUGACGUUCACUAGUGACGACGUGUGUUGCCUCUUCUUCCCGAUCAGCUGUUGAAACUUGUUAUUCACAUUAACCUCCUAAACGUUCCAAACUUGGUGAUUUUUCGGAUUACGUACUCUUCAAUAGUUGCACAAAUCCAACUCUGUCUGUCGACGGGAAAAGUUUCCUUUUUCACGACUGUUAACUGCUGACGGGUGGUCUAAUUCGGGAAAUGAGUUAUCCUAAUUAUCCAAACUAUCCUGGUUAUCCUGCUUCUACAGGUGGUUAUCCUCCUUCCACUGGUGGUUAUCCUCAGCAGCCUCAACCAGGAUACCCUAAUCAAGCAUACCCAGGAUACCCGACUGACCAAGCUCCGGCAUAUCCAUCUUAUCCCGGUAUUCAGCCCGGCUACCCUAGUUACCCGCCAGCACCGAAUCAAUAUCCUCCAGCAGCUGGUGCUGCUCCCGCUUAUCCAUUGCAGCCGCAACAACCAUACUACCCGACACAACCGGCCCCCGCUUACCCUGCGCCGUACAACGCCAGUGCUCCGCAACGAGUAGGCUAUCCGGGCGUUCCCGUGGCCCCAAUCGGUUUACAGCCGGCUGUCUCGGGUGGAGUGUACCCGUCGAUUGCCCAACCUUACGCUCCUUCGCCGCUUGGAUAUCAGCAGCAACAAAUGGAAGCGAAUAUUCCUACCGUACGUCCGGCUUCGCCGUUUGACGCCAGAGCCGACGCCGAUGCUCUCCACAAAGCCAUGAAAGGAUUGGGCACAGACGAGAAAGCUCUCAUCAACGUUCUCUGUCACCGCAGCAGCUCUCAGCGCACUGCCAUCUAUCAGGCCUUCAAGUCAGGCUACGGAAAGGAUUUGGAGUCGAAAUUGAAAAGUGAGUUGAGUGGCACGUUUGAAAAGAUAAUGGUGGCCCUCUGUCUCCCUGUCGCCGAUUUUAUGGCCAGGGAAAUGUACGAAGCUGUCAAUGGAAUGGGAACUAAAGAGGGAACGCUCGUUGAAAUACUUUGCAGCGGAACUAACCAGGAGAUCCGCGAAAUCAAUGCUGCCUAUUUACGAUUGUACGGUCAUCCUAUGGAAAAGGAUAUCAAAGGAGAUACUUCUGGCGUCUUCAAAAUGCUACUCGUUUCAUUGGCCCAGGGUCAAAGAGAUGAGAAUCAGGGUGUUGACGUUGCCAAGGCCAAGGCAGAUGCCCAACGUUUGUUUCAAGCUGGAGCGGCCAAAUUGGGUACGGAUGAAAGUGCUUUUAAUUCGAUUUUGGCGACUCGCAGCUGGGCUCAUUUACGCCAAGUUAUGUCCGAGUACCAAACUAUGCACGGCCACACACUGGAACAGGCUGUCGUUAGCGAGUUUUCUGCCAACGCCGAGAGGGGCCUUUUAGGAAUAUUGCAGUGUGCUCAAAAUAGACCCGGAUAUUUCGCCCAGCGCCUGAAUAACGCAGUUCGAGGAAUGGGCACCAAAGAUGGAAAUCUUAUUCGCAUUAUUGUGAGCCGUUGCGACAUCGACCUUGGCAACAUCAAGAGAGAAUAUGAGAAGAAAUUCAGCAAAAGUCUUUUAACGGAUGUUUCGGGUGACACGUCGGGUGAUUACAAAAAGGCUCUCCUAGCGCUAAUCGGAUGAAAAACAUCUCUCAACCGAAAACAAAAGAGGCGUUACUUGAUAUCGCACAGUGUGAAAUUUUCUCUCUAUUUAGUUAUUCACCUACACCUCUCAUUAUUGGUUGAAGCUUCUCUUUAUUUUUACCGCUUCCUAAUUUUAAGUUAUUGGGUGCCAACCUAGGCUAUGCUUCCGUGAUUUGUGAAGCUUCCACUAAAGCCAAUCGACUUCCACCAAAUUUUUCAUAUAACAGAAGUAGAGGUUAGCUUUAAAAAUACUAUAUCUUUAAUGUUUGUUUUGUUUUUUCAAUUCCCUGGUGGAGAAAAGGAAAUAAUACAGAAGACAAAAUAAA